GAAGAAAGUCCCAUGCCACACUCGCCGGCGGGCCCCUCACGACCUGGUUGGACCCCCUCGGGAGGAACGAGUAACUCCACAGCAGAGCCCCAAAGUCACAGUAUGGCGGCACAACACUCGCAGAGGCCCCCGGUCCUCCCUCGCGUCCUGACGCUCUGGCCAUCAUAGACCACUGAGCCAAGACAACACCGAAAAAAAAAAAAAAAAAAGCUGUGACCUCCUUUUUAGGAAAAAGGAACUUUUCCUCACCUGGAACAUGAGCUCGUACACGGUAUCGCUGCCCGGGCCGGGACCUUGGGGCUUCCGGCUCCAGGGAGGGAAGGACUUCAACAUGCCGCUCACCAUCUCCAGGAUCACGCCGGGCAGCAAGGCGGCGCACGCCAACCUGGUUCAGGGAGACGUCAUUAUGGCCAUCGACGGCGUGAGCACGGAGGGCAUGACCCACCUGGAUGCCCAGAACAAGAUCAAGAUGGCCAACUACAAUCUGGCACUCACCAUGACCAAGUCAAAGCGUCCUGUUGCCAUGCCAACGCCCAGAAUUGACUCCGGCAUUUCCUUGAUCCCUCACCAGCAGGUUUUCAGCCCCCCUGCUCCCAACGCCGGCGUGCUUGUGAAGGAAAGCGUCGCGGCCACCCGCAAGGCCAUCGAAGUGACGGGCCCGGGGGGCAAGGCCACCAUCAUCCACGCCCAGUACAACACGCCCAUCAGCAUGUACUCGCAGGACUCCAUCAUGGACGCCAUCGCCGGGCAGACCAUGACCAAGGGACACGACGUCGGUCCACAUCCAGAGCGUCUGGUGGACAGCGCCUCGCCAGUCUACCAGGCGGUCCAGAGCGCGGAGGAAAGGGAGGACGAGGACGAGGAAGGGCACCGCCGCCAAGCCAGCGCACAGUCCAAAACCUUCCAGACGCUCGCCCACAUGAUGGGAACGGAAACGCAACACGUCAUGGCGGAUGAGGAAGAGGAUGAUGAGGUGUUGAGGAAGAGCAGCCUGAAGCGUCAGUCGGCCGCCGGCGUCCAACACAAGGCGGCCGUGUCCAGUCAAUUUGGUCAGCCGGCCCCCACCGCCGGCCAGCAAGGCCCGCUCCCAAAGCAAUACCAGCAGGCCCCGCCCAUGCCGCAAGCCCCGCCCCCGCAGCGCUUCCAGCAGGCCCCGCCCACCCAGCAGAGUUCCAUUCAGAUCCCCAUGGGCUCCGCCCCUCCCAAGGUGGUCAGCACGGCCUGCAUCUACCCGUCGCAGCCAGCUGCUCCCCCCCACAUGCCCCAAGCUCACCCCCACCGCGCCUCUGCCGCUCCGCCACAGGCGGCAGGCGGCGCGGGUGGCAACCGCCCCCCGUGGGUGACCGACAGCUCCUUCGCCAACAAGUUUGACCCGAGCAAGACCACCACCGCGGUCAUCAAGCCACCUCCGUUGCCUCAGGCUGCGCCCCCGCCGCCCCAGUACAUCCCCAACCCCUCGGCCGCCACCUCCAGCCAUGCCCAUGUCACUCCUAGCCCCGCCCCCUUCUCCCCCGUGGCCAGGGGUGUGGCGCAACGGGCCGAGAGGUUUGCCGCCAGCAGCCGCACGCCCUUGUGUGGAGCCUGCAACAGCAUCAUCAGGGGUCCCUUCCUGGUGGCGCUGGGCCGCUCGUGGCACCCCGAGGAGUUCAACUGCCACUACUGCAACAUGUCGCUGGCCGACGUCAGCUUUGUGGAGGAGCAGAACAGCGUUUACUGCGAGAACUGCUACGAGGAGUUCUUUGCCCCCACCUGCGCACGCUGCAGCACCAAGAUCAUGGGGGAAGUGAUGCACGCUCUGAGGCAGACGUGGCACACCACUUGCUUUGUGUGCGCCGCCUGCGGCAAACCCUUCGGUAACAGCCUCUUCCAUAUGGAGGACGGGGAGCCGUACUGCGAGAAAGAUUAUGUGGCGCUGUUCAGCACCAAGUGUCACGGCUGUGACUUCCCCGUGGAAGCCGGAGAUAAAUUCAUCGAGGCUCUCGGUCAUACCUGGCACGACACCUGCUUCGUGUGCGCGGUGUGUCACGUGAACCUGGAGGGCCAGCCCUUCUACUCCAAGAAAGACAAACCUCUGUGCAAGAAGCAUGCUCACGCUAUCAAUGUGUAACCGGGCAACGACUUGCACACGCACACAUCAGAUGAUCAUCACUUAUACACACACGUGUGCAAAAACAAACCCCCCAAAACAUCUCUGCAAUACAGUACUUUGCUUUUAGGAGGUUUUGACAAGCUUUUAUACAGCUUCACUUUUCCAUGAGCGAUUUACUCACGCGCACACACAAUGAGCCUUCAACAUUAGAUAAGUCAUGGGAAAA